AUGGGACUGGACGGUACUGUCGCCGGCGCUCUGCACCUUCCGCUGGUAUCUCCUGUAUGUGCCUACAUCACUCCAUGUCCCAUGUCCCUGCUACAGCCGGUGGACCUCCACAUGUUGGACGAGAACAAGGGCACUGAAGACCAUGGCCAGUCCCGUGAGGCCGUGACACCAUGCCUCUCCCACCUCUUUCGGUGGCUUUCUACUGCCCCUGCGCUGGGAGCUCAACAUGGAGGGACUCGCCAUGGAUCGAGCAUCGUCUGGAGUCUGGACGCAACUGCCCACUGCCCUGCAAGUUGA